AUGUUCUGUUCCGGAGACCGGGAGAAAGGGCCGGUGGCCUUGGAGGAGCAGUGGGACUACAUUAAUCUUGAUGACUUCAAAUCGGAGUCUUGCCUCUCCCCGUUCUCGUACUUUUUCCUCUACGUCUUCCUGGCGAUUUCGAUUGCCGUGUACGGUGUCGAUACAUUUACCGCCGUCAAUUUGUUGGCGUUUUCCCGAUGGGCCGGGUCAAUCGAGCCAGCAAUCCCGUUCAAAAUUUCGCGAUGGAUCUUCGCCGUGUGCAUAAUCAUCUCAUUCGCACUGUUGGCGUAUCGGUGGAUGCGCGCCAUCCGAGCUAUGCGCUCCGGCAGUAUCGCGCACAGCUUCCUCGACUCUCUCGCUGUGCGCAUCCAAAGUAUUCGCAUGGGGCGCAAUGGCCGCGGAUGGAGGAGAUUCCUGGUUUUUGCAGAGUUAGCCAAGAGUAAAAAGGGCGCUGAAUACGUUGCUCUCUUUGCCUACUUUGCUUUUGAAUCCUGGAUGAGCACUAUUUUCGCCGACGGACCCCGGCAAGUUGUCAACGCCAUCACCCUGUACUCGGUGAUGCAGAUGGACCUGCUCCCCGGCGGGAAAAACACCACCGACGAGGGCGGAUCCACGGCUUCGCAAUUGUUCUACAACAUCAAAAUGCUGGCCGAGGACAACACCGAACGCGCCGUGGUCUUGAUCGGCAUGCUGUUCACUUUGGUAAUCUGGGUUCUGUCAAUGCUCAAGUUGUUCUUGGCCGUCGUUCUGUAUCUCAUCUUUCUCUUUCACCAUAUCCCUUCGGAGGAUGGCUCUUUGAAGGCUUAUUGUCGGCGCAAGAUCAACACGCGACUCACCCGUAUUGUCCGAAGGAAGGUCAACAAAGCCUUGGCCAAAGGCGUCGUUUUACAAGACCGAAAACCCACCAAUCCGAACAUGGGGUUGGACAAGCGGCCUACUUUGCCCUCGGUGGGAGUCGCUGAUGAUGACAAGACACCCAUCGUUACGACGAUCUCGCGCACCACGACGCAAACCACGCUGCCGGCUUACUCCUCGCGCCCUGGGACAGCUGCUCCAGAUCGCAAGCCUACACUUCCGGAUGUUGGGGCAUUUAACGAUAAGCACUCGCUGACCCGAACCAUGACCGAAUCGUCUGCAUACUCGGAUGCAUAUUCGUUAUCGGGCAGCACCGCAGUUUCAGGAUACAGCCCCCUCGACCGACAUGGUAGCGCACCGCCAGUGCCGCCCCUUCCCAAUCAGGGCCCUGCCCCGAUGCCUCGCGCUCAGACGCCCAGGAUCCGACAGAAUGCCAACCAGCCGCUUCCAGGUCCGGGAUACAAUAGUCCCAUGGAGCGGUCAUCACCAGCGCCGUCCAUGCCACGAUCGCACACCCCCAUGUCAUACUCGGACACGGCUCCCGCGACUCGUUUGCCCAGCCAGAUGCCGGGGCCUGUCCCACGUUUGCAAACUCCGGUGUCGCGGCAAGGGUUUACUCAGGGGCCUCAAGGACCUGGAUACGGAUACGGUCCAGUCGAUCGAGCUUCGCCAGCGCCACAGAUACCACAUAUGCAGACUCCUGUGUCCAAUAUCCCUCCAGCGCCUGGUUACGGCCCGGUUGAUCGUGCUUCGCCGGCACCUCGAAUACUACACAACCAGACCCCCGUGCCACGGACCAACUUCACCCCAGCACCUGCUACAUAUGGGCCGAGUAUGCCAUCGGGUCUUAGAUCACGAGGUCCUACCGAAGAAUAUAACCCGUUCGAAACCUACGGGUCUCAUGUUCCUCCAUCGGGUACUCCCUUCCGACCAUACAGCCCGGCGGUUGAUCCGUACACUCGAUCUCUGACCUCUGGGCCUGUCCUUCCUAGUGAGGGUGUUCCCAAUAGAACAUUUUCACCGCUGAGCCAGUCCCACGGACUUCCGUAUCCUCCGCAUGAGAAUGAAUAUCCUCUGAGGUCACUGACUCCAUCCAGCUCCGGCGGUAUUCGCUCUCCAGCUGGUGGACCCGACGGUAUGAUUGAUAGGACGUUCUCGCCGGUUGGAUCAAUUGGUGCAGGUGGUUAUGUAGCGUUUAACCCAGCGGCGAGGAGCUCACCAAUGCCAUUCAACGGUGAUGCUGUUGCGGAACACGAUGAAUAUGCCCAUGGACAUGCUGAAUAUCCAUAUGACACAAAAGAACCGCGCAAUGGCUAUGUUGCGUUCAAUCCUCAGCAAGAUCGCCUGUCUCCAGACUCGGACCUUGCUUCACCAUUCGAUGAGCACCAUGGUGAUGAGCAUGUUGAUAUAGCCCAUGAGUCCGGCGUGAGGCAAUUUUCUCCGAUUGACUCUGCCGAAGCAGCGCCAAAUCAACAUAAUUAUAUUGCUUUCAACCCCUUGACCAGCGUGGAGUCGCAUUUCGAGUCCACGGAGCAUAUGGAGUAUGCGGAUUCUCAUGUGCCAAACGAAGAUCAUAACCAUGAGUUUGUCGCUGCCGAUCCUGCAGAGAGCUUGGAUGCACCACCUCUUUCGGAUAGCCUUCAUGACGUCCCGGAGUCUCAUGGCAACUAUGUCGCCUUCAACCCUGCGGCUAGGCAGUCGACCGAAUCCGGCGUUUUUCUGCCCUCGGACGAACAUCAUGAAGAGUUUAGUGCGGAGCCAGAACAUAGUUCAGACACCAGGCCUGUAUCUCUGCUCAGCCCAAACGACUCGCCAACGACAAAUGAUGGCUACAUUGCGUUCAACCCAGAAAACUCGCCCUCACACACGGAGCCGGAGCACAGACCGUCAAAGGAGCACCACACCGAACCGGUUGUCGCCGCGGAGAACCCAUUUGAAAGCUCUGCAGAUGUGGAGGAGACGAGACCGUCGAAUGACUAUGUUGCCUUCAGUCCAUCCGUUAGGUCACCAAUGACGCCAACGACCCCAAUUACAGCGCCACUUGAACACAAUGGGUCACCAGCACGGAGUAUGUUCCCUAGAGACUAUCCACAAGUGCAGCCCUACCGUCCGGACCACUUUUAG